ACAUUAUUAUUUUCAUUAAUUGGUUUAAAAUAAACUUAAGGGAACAAGUAAAUGCAAAAAUAUUAGGUUUCAAUGAAAAUAAAUUAUUGCAAAGAUAAAUAAAUUGAAAUGCUGCUAAUUUUUGUUCUACUGGAAGUAGUUUUUAGUCAAACUGUUUUAGAACCAGCUUAUUUUGAUAUUGCUAAAGGAAAGUCAAUAACAGCAUCUGCAACUUGUGGCGAAGACUACACUCCUCCUAGAGGAGAACCAGGUGAACUUUACUGUACAUUAGCAGGAAUACCCGGUAAAUUUGGAAUUAAAGGAUUAAGCUGUAGUCAUUGUGUGCCUGGUGAUAUUGGAAGCUCUGAUGGAAAAGAUUCAAAAGAUCAUAAUAUUAGAAAUGCCAAUGAUGGAUCAAAUAGAUGGUGGCAGUCACCUCCUUUAUCUAGAUCCUUAAAAUACAAGCAAGUCAAUGUAACAAUCGACUUAGGACAGUUAUUUCAUGUUGCAUAUGUUAUUAUCAAAUCAGCUAACUCUCCAAGACCUGGUGUUUGGUCCCUUGAAAGAUCAAGUGAUGGCGGAAAAACUUACACUCCGUGGCAUCAUUUUGCAUCAAGUUCUUCAGAGUGUAAAAGUUAUUUUGGAAUUGAUCCAUAUUUACCAAUUGUUCGUGAUGAUACUGUAAUUUGUUCUACAGAGUAUUCAUCAAUUCCUCCCUUCGAGAAUGGAGAGAUUCAUAUAUCCUUAAUUAAUGGAAGACCAGGUGCUUCAAAUUUUUCAUACAGCAAAACACUUCAGGAAUGGACUAGUGCUUCCAACAUUCGUUUUCGUUUCAUGGAUAUUAAAACACUUCUUGAUGAUUUACUACCGCUUUCUUUGCAAGAUCCAACUGUUACUCGAAGGUACUACUACUCAAUUAAAGAUAUUUCAAUUGGUGGGAGGUGUAUGUGUAAUGGAUUUAGUGAUGAAUGUCGACCAACUGAUGUGAUUGGUCAAUAUAAAUGUGAUUGUCAAUACAAUUCAUAUGGUCCUCGUUGUGAAAAAUGUAAGCCUGGUUUCGUUCAAAAAAAAUGGCGCACUCGUAGAGAUAAAGAUGAUUUUGUUUGUGAAAAAUGCAAUUGUCAUGAACACACAGAGGAAUGUGAGUAUAAUGAAGAUAUAGAACAAAGAAAACUUAGUCUUGAUAUCAAUGGAGUUUAUUCUGGUGGUGGGGUAUGUAAAAAUUGUCAGCAUAAUACAGACGGAAUUAAUUGUGAAAAGUGCAAGCCAUUUUUCUAUCGACCAUCUGGUGUUAAAGUAACGGAUGUAAACACUUGUCAAGCUUGCAACUGUGAUACGCAGUUCUCAACUGGAUUAUGUGCAGAAGGAACGGGGCAAUGUGAAUGUAAGCCACAGUACACUGGAAGAUUUUGUAAAGAGUGUAACAAUGGUUUCCACUCAUACCCUAAAUGCAUACCUUGUGAGUGCAAUGUCAAAGGAUCACUAGAUGGCCAAUGUGCUUUAAAUCCAGAGACUGGUUGUCAAUGUAAGCGUGGAUUUGGUGGCAAGUUUUGUGAUGAAUGUUUGCCCGGCUAUUUUGGUUUUCCUAGCUGUCAGCCUUGCAACUGUAUUACACGGUUUGGAGCAGUAGAUGGCAAUUGUAAUAGAACAAGUGGUCAAUGUAAAUGCAAGUUUGGUUUUUCUGGAAGAUCAUGUGAAAAAUGUGAUUCAGGCUUUUACUUAUUUCCCUACUGUAAAGAAUGUGGUUGUGAUGUUGCAAAAACUCUAGACACAGUUUGUGCACCUGGUAAUGGAAAAUGUGACUGUAAACCAGGGUAUGAUGGUGAAAAAUGUGAAACUUGUGCUCCUAUGUUCUAUGGGCAUCCAGCUUGUUUUAAUUGUGAAUGCUCUGUUGCUGGUUCCCAAACACCUGUUUGUGAUAUUGAUAGUGGCGAAUGUGCAUGCAGACCAAACUUUGCUGGUUUAAAAUGUGAUCGCUGUGCACCUGGGUUUUAUGGUUAUCCUUCAUGCGCACCCUGUAACUGUAGUAUUGAAGGAGCUCGUUCAACUGUUUGCAAUGAAGUAACAGGGGAUUGUAAUUGUAAAACUACAUAUACUAGUCGACAGUGUAACAAAUGCACAAGAGGUUUUUAUGGUUUUCCAUUCUGCAAGCAAUGCAAUUGUAAUCCGGCUGGAACUGAUUCUGGGCAAGAAGGUUGGUCAGGAGAUUGCAGUACUAACAAUGAUGGCCAAUGUGUUUGCAAGAAAAACGUACAAGGCUUAGAAUGCUCAGAAUGUAAAGCAGGUUUUUUCAAUUUACAAGAAUCAGAUGAUCUUGGGUGUGAAUCUUGUGGAUGUUUCCAACCUGGCACAAACAAUGGGAUAACUUCAUGCUCUGCCAAUGGUAAUUGUGCUUGCAAAGUGUUUGUUGAUGGUAAUAAAUGUAAAAAUUGUUUACCUGGUUACUAUAAACUUGAAGAAAAAAACUUUUUUGGAUGUGAAGGCUGUGAUUGUGAUGAAGGAGGUUCAUUGAAUUCAAACUGUCUAAAUGGACAAUGCUUUUGCAAGUCAAACAUUGUUGGGCAAAAGUGUGACAGGCCAGCUGCCAAUUUUUAUUUUUCAACUCUAUGGCAUAUCAAAUCAGAAGUUGAAGAUGGUAAAACAAAAGACGGUGAUGCUGUAAGAUUUGAUUAUCAAGAAUCAAGUUUUCCUGGAUAUUCAUGGAAAGGAUAUGUUCCAAUCAAUGAUGUGCAGCAAUCUGUUGUUAUUGAUCUUAAUGUCAAAAAAGAGUCAAAAUACCACGUCUUGUUCAAAUAUGCUUUAAACCAAAUUCAACCAAUUGUUGGUAAUAUCAGAAUUUUUAAAGGUAACCAAGAACAUCAAGGUUUAAUCAAUUUCCCAUCAACUCAGAGAAGUACAGUUAUUAAAACAUCAAUUAGUUUAGUGAAAGAAUCAUCUGGUUCACCUAAAUAUUUUACUUUGGAGCCUGGUAAAUGGAAAGUUGAAUUUACAUCACAAGUUUCUGCUCUUCUUUUGGAUUACAUUGUUCUUGUACCUCAAGAUUAUGCUCAGCCAAAAACUCUUACUAAAAGAGUCCAGAAUCCAUGUGAUGCCACUAAGAUUGAACGUUUUUGUAAUAUAUACCAGUAUGUCCCCUUCGAAAAACAACAAGGUUACAUAACUAUUCAAGCUGAAGAUCCAACAGUAUUAUCUAAAAAAACUGUUGUUCCUUUUUUUAAUGAUUCUAAAAUUCUUGAAAAGUUGGACUAUCAAGCAAUGGUACAAUUUUCACCAGAGUUUAAAAAUCAUGAUAUUGUUUUUCAAUUUAAAAAUCUUGGUAAAUAUGUAGUGGUGUUGCAGUAUUUUCAUGAUGGCGAGUCAGAAAAGUAUUUAGAUAUUUACAUACGAAGUCGUACUGGCAUUCAACAAGGAAAAAGUUGGUUAUAUAAGUGUCCAUACACUUUUGGUUGUCGCCAAGUUGUACUAGAUAGAGACUUUAUGGAUGUAAAUGUUUUUGAAAUUUCAGACUAUAAAACUCAUAUGCUGACAAUUAUUCCCAGACAAGAUGCCACAUUUGGAUUGGAUGCCAUUACAUUUAUUCCAUUGGAUGAAUGGAAUUUAGAUACUGUCACACCUCAGCUGUAUUGUACUGCUAAAAAUUUAAAGUGUAUUCCCACGAAGUUUGAUGUACCCAAAAAUAGUAGAAUUGUAGUUCCUGAUAGUGUAGAAGGAGAACCUCGCCCUAGUUACAUUAUUGAUCCUGAUGUUAAAGUGAAGUACCUUGAACCAGGAACAAAUUCAUUUGACAUCACUGACCUAAAACCUGGUCGAUAUCACCUGAUGGUUCAUUACUACCAGCCAAAUCAUCAAUCAUUUGAUGUAUCCACUGGAAUAUAUUCAGACAGAAAUUCUAUACAACCUGGAACUUUACACAUGAAACACUGUCCAAAUUUAAAUGGUUGCCGUGAAAUGAUGAAGCAGACAGAGACUAAGGAUGUCUUUUUAUUUGAAUCAAGUAGAGCAAGGCUAAGAUUUGAUAUACCUAUGCAAAAAAAUGGUUGGAUAGAGAAAGUAUAUUUGAUUCCAGAAAAUUCAGAAUCACUUAAUCAACCUGAUCUAUACCAAGGACAACCAAUAACACUUUCUGAUGAAUUCAAUGAUAUUUGUACAAAAAACUUUUACGACAUAAAUGAAAGUAGUUCUGAGUUUUGCAAAAAAGCUGUUUUUACAUUGACUAGUAACUUUAAUAAUGGUGCACUUAGCUGCGAGUGCAAUGAACAAGGCUCAAAGAGUUCACAAUGUUCAGAACUUGGUGGUCAAUGCCCAUGUAAAGAGAACAUUAUUGGGAGAACUUGUACCAGAUGCAAAAUGGGAUUUUAUGGGUUUCCAAACUGUAAACCAUGUAGUUGUUCAAAUUGUGAUUCUGUAAGUGGUCGAUGUUCUUGUCCUCCUGGUGUUGAAGGUGAUAACUGUGAUAGAUGUAUGAAAGGAACAUUUGGUUUUGAUCCUGUAAUAGGAUGUCAACCAUGCAGUUGUGAUUCUACUGGUGCAAUUGAUAACAACACAACAUGUAAUGUUGUAACAGGGCAGUGCAAUUGCAAGAAAAAUUUUGGUUCUAGAAAAUGUUCUGAAUGUGAAAAAGGUUUUUUUAAUUACCCAUUGUGUCAAGAAUGUGAUUGUCACUCAGCAGGUUUAAAAGGAGAAAAAUGUGAUGCCGUAACUGGUGAUUGCAUUUGUCAGGAUUCAGUAGUUGGAACACGAUGCGAUGAGUGUAUGAAAGGUUAUUUUAAAACAAAAUCAGAAAAAGGUGAACAGCUUUGUCUGAAAUGUUGGUGUUCUGGACACACAACUGAAUGCAAAGAAGCGCAAGUUUACAGGGGUGUGGCUGUUAGAGGUACAAAAUGGACUAUUUCAAAUGUAAAUCAAAGUGUGUUUCAGUUACCCUUAGGCAAGCUUGUAACAAACUUUUCUGAAAAAAAUUCAGCAAAUAUCAUUUAUUGGAUUUCUCCUCAAGAAUAUUUAGGGAAUCAUGUUGAGUCAUAUGGAGGAUCUUUUAUGUAUAACUUUAGAUACACAACAAAAAUGACUUCCCAAACUCUUAAUGACUUACCUGAUGUUAUUAUUCAGGGAAAUGGUUUGAGUAUAAAAAAUAAAAAACAGAAUCCAAGAUAUGCUAAUCAAGACAAUACUUUUAUCUUUCCACUUGUUGAGAAUGAAUGGUUGUUAGACGAUGUUUAUCCAGUAUCUCGCAUCCAGCUUCUUGAUGUUCUUGCAAAAAUCUCCAGUGUUAAAAUAAGAGCUACUCAUGAUGCCAACAUUGCUACAUCAUCGAUAUGGAAUGUUACUUUAGAUUCUUCAAAUAUUAAUGGAGAGGAAAUGGUUUUUGGUAUUGAAGAAUGCGUAUGCCCUGACGGUUAUACAGGACCUGGAUGUACAAAAUGCUCUCCAGGAUACAGUAUGCAAGCUAAUGGUACAUGUGGAAAAUGUGACUGUAUGGGUAGAAGUGAUAAAUGUGAUGCUGAGACAGGAGUUUGCCAAGAUUGUGUUGGAAAUUUUUUUGGUAACCACUGUCAAGAAUGCAAACCAGGCUUUUAUGGAAAAGAUUGUGCACCAUGCCCAUGUCCCAGUGUACAUCUCACUGGUAACUUUGCAGAUUCAUGUGCAAUCAGUUUAAAUACAUCAGAACUUAUUUGUAAAUGUAAGCAAGGCUAUGUUGGAGCAAAAUGUGAGAGUUGUGCUGACGGUUACUAUGGCAAUCCUACCGAACCAGGAGGUAGUUGCAAGUUGUGUUCAUGUAGUGGCAAUGUUAAUUUAAAUUUAUCAGGUAAUUGUGACCCAGUGACUGGUACCUGUAAAAAAUGUUUGAACAAUACUGAUGGAGAUCAUUGUGAGAAAUGUAAAUCUGGUUUCUAUGGCAAGCUUGAUAAUUGUAAGGAUUGUGUUUGUAAUACUUGUGGCUCUAGUGGUAUCUCAUGUAGCAGUACCACAGGCCAAUGUCAAUGUAAAACAAAUGUAGAAGGCAAGCAGUGUGAUAGAUGUAAACCCCAAACAUGGAACUUUAAUUCUUGUCAAGGUUGUCAAGACUGUAAUUGUGGUCUAGCUUCAGAAUCAAAAGACUGUGAUGCAUUAACUGGGGAGUGUAAAUGCCUGCCUACUGUUGAAGGAAAAAAAUGUGAUUGGUGUAAACUUGGAUACUUUAAUUAUUCACUGUCAGGGUGCCAAAAGUGUAGUUGUCCUAAUGGUGGUUUCUGUGACGUUAUUACUGGAAGUUGUGAUUGUGAUUUAUCAGAAAACAAAUGCUCAUUAUGUCCACCGGGUUAUAUAAUUGAGAAUGAUUCUUGUGUUGAGUGCGACAGCUGUGUUCAAAAUACUCUAAACAAAGUUAACCAUUUAAUGAAAAAUAUAAAGCUGGUUGAGGAAAGUGUAUAUUCAUCAGGAAGCAUUUCACAAUCGUCAUUAAGCGAAAUCAAUGAUACGCUUCAAAGACUUUUAGGGAAUGAAAAAAUUAUCUCUGAUGACUUCGAAACAUUGAAGAAAGCAACAGGUUUUAAAAAUAUGGGAACAAAACCAGAUGAUACAAAAAUGCACACUGUUUCAGAGUUUAAAGGAUGCUUUUUUGAAGUUGAAGAAUCAUGCCCUCCAACAUUAGCAAAAGUUCUUCUUUCAACUGAAGCAAAGCUCAAUGUAACAGAAAAGAAUGUUGUGCAACUUGAAGAAGAUGCUUAUAAAACAUCAAGAAAUGCAUCUGAUACCAAGGAAAGAGCUGAAGAAAUUCUUGCAAGACUAAACCUACUUAUUAAGGAUGUUGAAAAUACUCUCCUUUCUGCCAAUGACACACUUGGCAACAUAAAAAUUGGAGAAGUUGAUGCUGAAAAAGUACUUGCUGAUGCAAAAAAAAUACUUGAUGAAAUUAAAGGACGUAAUUUUUCUCAAACAAUAUCAGCAGUUGAUAAGGAAAGCAAUUUCUCUAUUAAUAACAAAAAAGUAUCUGAUGAACUAAAGCAGACAGCUUUAAACACGUCAAAAAGAGCUGAGAAUUUUAAUGACACAUUCCAGGAUUUUUUAGCUGCUUUUAUUAAUAUAAAGAAAGAAAGUGAGACAGCACUUUUGAUUUCACAAAACGCAACAGAUUUAAUUUCAUUGGCUAAAAGUUUUAAUAUCAAGUCAUUGUUAGAGAUGGCAAGCAACUUAAGCAAAGAUAUUAACAUCACAAUAGAAAAUGCAGAUGAAAUAUUGAAGAAUGGAGAGAAGGCUCUUGUUGUUGCGAAGUUGGUUUACACUGAGUUUUACAACAAAACAGGUGUUUUAGGAGAACUUAUUAAACGUCUUCGUGCUUUAGUCGAUGACCUACGCAAUUCUUUAGUAACAUCCACUCCAACUGUUCAUCAAGCUGUAGAACAUGCGAAAUCUCUAAAAGAAUUAGCUGAUAAACUUAAAAGAUUGUUACAAGACACACAAAUGUUCGCAGAGGCUGCUUUACGUGCUGCAAAAGUGUAUGCUAAUAUUGUUGAUGCUAUUUAUGAAGCCUUAGAUGCUGCAAAAUUGGCCAAUUCAUCAACCUUUAAUGCUCAAGACAAAGCAUUACAGGCAAAGGAAAAUGCAGUUUCAUCUAAAUCAAAAAGUGAAGCAAUUGCAUUUGAAGGUUCUGAAUUGAAGGCUAAAGUUGAUGAUGUGAAAAUUUCACUAGAUGGAAUUAAAAAGCGAUUAGCAGAUAUCAAAAAACUAAGAGAGGGCAUUGAAAAAAGAGUUUUAAACGUUAAAGAAGAUUUUCAAAUCUUUGAUGCUCAAAAUGAUACAGAUUCUAAAGUGAAUAGCUUAAAAACACAAGAAAAAGAAGUAAGAAAUAUAACAGAAAAUGCUAAAGCAAAAAUGACAGAAAUUAAGAAUAAUAUAGACAAUGACAAAAAAACAGUAAAAGGUGUGCAAAAUGAAUUAGAUGAUAUUGGAAAGUUAUUAAGUAAAGCUGUUGAUGAAGUCAACAAGGUUGUUGAUGUAAUUCCUGGAUUGAAGUCUAGUGUAGAUGAAUUAAAUCUGAAACGCCAAGAAUUAGAUGAGACAAUAAAGAAUAACAUCACAAAUAGUAUUGAAUAUAUAAAGUUUUUGAUUCAAAAUGCUCAUUAUGUUGCAAAUGUUAUGCCGCUUGCAAUGACCUUUAGCAAUACCUCUGAAUUAGUUUUGAAUUCUCCUCAAGCUGCUGUUGAUCCAAGUGUAUACAAUGAAAUAUCCUUAGUGUUCAAAACUAGUGCAGACAAUGGCUUGCUUUUUUUUAUUGGUAAUCAGCAGGAACCAGACAAACAUGGUUUUUUGGCCAUGGAAAUUGUUAAUUUAAAAUUAAAUUUUCAUUUUCGUCUAAACUCUGGUAGUACACGAACAUUGAUUAGUAAAAAACUUCUUGCUAAAGAUAUUUUCUAUUCUCUUAAUGUUAAAAGGAGCUUUGGUGAUGCAGUAUUGAUAGUAAAAGAAUUCUCUAUUACUCAAGUAUUGCCAUCAGAGGAGGACAAAAUGUCCAGUUUUGUUGAAUUACCCAUAUUAAGUCUUGAAAAAAAUGAUCUUUUAGUUGGAGGUUUACCUGAAGGUGUUAAGGCUUCUUCGUCUUUAAAGAGCAGAACCUUCCAAGGAUGUAUAGAUAAAUUAGUCUUUAGCAAUCAAUUGUUAGGAUUGUGGAAUUGGAAGAGUGCACGAAAUGUAUAUGAAUGCAAGUACCAACGUGAGUCAAGUAAAGGUCAGUACAUGUUAAAUGGUGAUGGAUUUUUGCAGUUUACUGGAAAAGAUAUGGAACUCUCAAGAGUUAAGAUUUCAUUUGCUACAAUUGAAGAAGAUGGUUUAAUAAUGUUGGCAAUAAAUCCACCAGAUAGGAACUUUUAUUCUCUUGAAAUUAAAAAUGGCUAUGUUUUCAGCAAAUUCGAUUUUGGAUCAGGUUUGAAGGAAUUAAACCAUACAGUUUUUGGGAAACUAAAUGAUGGGCAGAUACAGAAUUUAACUAUUUUAACAAAGGCCAAAACUCAAGUUGUUUAUGGAAAAGUCAUUGAUCCAUUUACUUAUCCAAAAAAUCCAAAUCUUGCUUCAACAUCGAUAUUUCUGGGUGGUGUGCCAAUGAGAACUUACAUGCCUAUAGAAGGGUUAACAACAAAAGGGUUUGUUGGUUAUAUUGGAGCUUUGAAACUUAGAGCUAGUGACCUCAAUAAUGCAACAACUUACAGCAAUGUUACAGAUAGUGUUGAACCAUUGUUUGGUCAUACAGCCUCAUUUCCUUCAACUGAGGCAAACAUGGAGGUAACAGGAUGCACUUUUCAAACAACAUUUUCAAUUGGUUUCUCAUUCCAAACAUAUCAAUCAACUGCUAAUUUGCUCUAUACUGCUUCAAAAGAAAAUCAUUUGAGAGUUUUUCUUGAAGAUAAUCAAGUUAAUGUUGAAAUCAAGAUUGGUGAAACUGUAAAGUCUUUAGUUGUUGAAGUUUCUAGUGGUGUAUCGGAUGGUGUAUGGCAUACAGUCUCUCUUUAUUUUGAAAAAGAUAGUAGUACAGUAUAUCUUGGCAUAGACAAAAUUUAUACAACUGCCAUUUUUGAUGCAAAUGUUGAAUUUAAUUUUGGAGAAAAAAUUAUAAUCGGGCGUAAUUACCAAAGUAUGAUUGGAUUUUUAGGAAACUUUCGACAGCUUUAUUGUGAUUUAAAAGAAAUUGAUAUGAUGGGGGGACAACUUUUUAAUGGUGCUCGAAUUGAUAGUUUGUUAUUUGAUCCUCCUCUUCCAUUGGUUUCACCUGUUCAGUUAAAAACAACUGAUGGUUCAUCUUUAGUUACACAAUAUCAGUCUACAACAGCUUCAGCUAAAAAUACAGAGCUAGUUAAAGAAACAAUCUCAAACUCUUUAUCAGAUGGUAAUACUUCAAAUCCUCCGUCUAUUACAGAAUCUCCUCAUUCUACUACAGAAACUACUCUAUUAACAACAAAAUUAUUUACCUCCUCUAUCUCUCCCUUUGAGAAAACCUCUUCUUCAAUAUCAGAAACAGCAAAGACUACUUUAAAAAGUUCAACUAAUGUUAAAGCAGUAGAAUCAACUGCUGCGUCGUCACCUGUUAUUGAUACUACAAUUUUAACUACAACACCCUUUAUUGAUACUACAAUUUUAACAACAACACCCUUAGUUGAUACUACAAUUUCAACUACAACACCCUUAGUUGAUACUACUACCUUGCCCUCUACUACAAGUAAUAAAGUAACAACUAUUAGUUCAACAUCAUUAGAAACAUCAUCUACAACAAUAACAACAACAACAGCAGCAGCAGUGGAAAGUACUUUACCAACUUCAACAGAAGCUUUAACGACUGAAAAUGAUGAUGUUGUGACGACCACAAACUUGGUUUCAAGCAUUGUUGAGGAGAAAUGCAUGCCAAGUUUUGAAGUUUAUCCUGAUGCUGUAGCUUUUGGCAUGGAAGCAGAAAGUUAUGUAGAAUUUAGUGUGCAAUUAGCUAUUCUUAGCCAACGCUCAGAAUUUGAGUUUUAUUUUUACACUGUUGAACCAAACAGUUUACUAUUAACUGUAAACAUGAAAGACCAAGAUUAUGAAGCAAUCUUUAUGAAAGACGGAAAAGUAAAUUACCUUUUUAAUGCAGGCGCUGGACCAGUUACAAUAACAUCUGAUGAAGCUUACAAUGAUGGAAAAUGGCAUAAAGUAUAUCAAAAAAGAGAAAAAGCUAUUUCUUAUCUUCGGAUUGAUGAUGGUGUAUUGAAAGAAGGCCAAGUCUUAAAAGCCACAUCUGUAGAUGGAAUACAAAAAGUGUGGAUGGGUGGUUACCCCAAAGGAACAGCGUUGCCAAAACAGUCAAAUUUGAAAAGUCAAGAUCCAUUUAAGGGAGGCAUGAGAGGAUUUAAAUUGUUUAACGAGGCUUUAGUGCCUGCUCUUUCUAUUGGCACGACGAAUGCUUCAAAUGGUUUAACAAUAGUAAGCGGCAUCCAUUUUGGUGACAAAGGUGGAUUUGUAGCCAAAUCUAAGACUAAAACUAAAAAGGUGGCUUCGGAUUUCAAGUUAUCUUUGGAUGUUCAAUCUGUCCGUAAGGCUGGAUAUCUCUUCUAUGUUUAUGGCGGAUCUGAUUUUUUGAGCUUGCAAAUAAAGAAUGAUGGUGUUAUUGCCGCCCGAUGCAAUAACGGAGGUGGUGAGUUUAGUGUAGUUCUUGACCCACCAACUUCAAUCUGUUCAGGAAAUUUUCAUAGUAUAGAAUUAGUUAAAAAAGGAAGAACGCUUACUCUAAGCAUGGGUGGUUUGACAAACAGCACAAUAUCAGACUCAACGCAAAGCAUGUCCGAUACAACAUCUUCGUUUUACUUUGGAGGGUUACCAGCUGAUAAACAACUAACGAUAGUUGGCUAUGUGCCGUUCUCAGGAUGUAUUAACAACGUUAAAAUAAACGAAGAAAAUAUCAGCUUCCUUACAAAUGUUGUUAAAACUGGUGCUGUGAUGCAGGGCUGUGCAUAAAUCUUGUAUUUAUUAUUACAGAUGUUUUUAUUUUUUUGUAAAUUACGCACACACACACACACUAUUUGGCGAAUAUCUUUUUUGGUAUAUCGACGGCUUAAUCCACAAACUCCAGUAAAUUAAACUGCGCAAAGUAUUUCAUAUUCCCAUACAUUUAAAUGGCUUGUUAUUGUUAUCUUUUCAUAUUCAUGUUUUUAAAAUCAUUAUUAAAAACAAAAUGACACAUUUGUACAAUUAUGUCUUAGAAGUCAGAAAACCUGAUACCGCAAUAAAGUCGAUUUUGGAAAAAAAGUGGAGUUCUUGUUUGCGGUUAAGCCGUCGAUAUAUGAAAUAUACGAUUUACUAUUAGUUAUUACUUUUUUGAUUCUAGUCGCUUAAAAUUCUUUCGAAACCUAAAAUUAUGAUUUUUAUCAUCCAAAUAUAAGUUUUAAAACUUUA